CCCCAUCAUUAGUGUCAGCGUGCCCCAUCAUUGGUGUCAUGUCAGUGGGAGGAAUAGUGCUCCAUCAUUGUGCCUCAUCGUUGGUGUCAGUGUGGAGGAGGAAUAGUGCCUCAUCGUUGGUGUCAGUGGGAGGAGGAAUAGUGCCUCAUCGUUGGUGUGAGUGGGGGGAGGAAUAGUGCCCCAUCAUUGGUGUCAUUGGGGAGGAGGAAUAGUGCCCCAUCAUUGGUGUGAGUGGGGGAGGAAUAGUGCCCCAUCAUUGGUGUCAUUGGGGAGGAGGAAUAG